AGCGAGUGGAGAUAAGACUUCAAGUCACACUUGGACCCGGGACCUACAGCCAUGAAACUGCUCGUCUUCACCCUCUGUGUGGUUUUUGUCGCGGCACAAAAACCACACCCUUGUGAGAGUCCUAAACAAUUCGAGGGAAGAUUUGGCAGAUUUGAUCGAGUGAGGAAGCUCGAGGUAUUUGGAAAAUUUGCGUAUGACGACAUUAACCGACGAUACCGCGAGUUUGAGUUCAUUCAGACCGGAAGUAAGUCGGAAUUUUACGACAAGCUCUUCUUACACAAUGAAGGCUUUGAAUACUCCAUGAAUCUCCGAACGCGAAUCUGCAACAAGACAGCGAUCACGUGGCCAUUCCGACCAUAUGCGGUACCUCCCGACGCCAACUUCCGUGGCACGAGCGUCCUGGGACCCAGCAACCUUGGACGGCAGCAUGUGACCAUCAACAUUUUUGAUGGGAAAACACCAGAAGGAAACAUAUACUACGCAAUAACCACCGGCGAAGAUUGUUAUCCAGUGACAUUCACUUUCUUUGACAAGAAGACAGGAGAGACUGACCGCGAAAACUUCUUCGAUAUUUCUUUGGGGAUUUCUGACCCCGAGGCGUUCAUUCCACCACGUGGCUGUCCCCCGUGAGCCGUUCAAGUCAGCAGACAAAACGACUGACAGUAUUCACCAACCAAGACUGUCGUUACAUGUUCCACACAAUCUGUUUUCAGUUUGCUAAUUGAACUCAAUAAAAAGCGUACAAUGAACUAAAAA